UCAAUUCUUUCAACCUCUCUAAAACUUCAAUUUAAUUGUUUCCAUCAAAACACAACUUAAUUUAUUUUCCCUUCCCUUCCCUUCCCUUCAAAAACUUAGUCCGCUAUUUCAAAAGAUCAUCUAUGAGUUUUUCUUGACAUAGGAAAUCAUUCUUUUGGUUAACCAUUCGAUAUUAGAAGCUUAUUAACCUAGCUAACUAAGUCAGGUUCGCGAAGGAAUAAAAAUUGCUCAUUUUACCAAGAAGUUCUACAUUCUCAUAAAUCAAAUAUACGAGACAUUUGAUUAAGGAUGGAGGAAUCUCGACCAACAGAUAUGGGAGAAGUUGAAGUUCCCGACUUUUUUCUUUGUCCAAUCUCAAUGCAACUAAUGAGGGAUCCGGUUACAACAUCAACCGGAAUAACCUACGAUAGGGAGAACAUAGAGAAAUGGCUAAUCAAGUGCAACAACACAACUUGUCCCGUGACCAAACAAGAGUUGUUGACCACAGAUCUCACCCCUAACCACACUCUCCGCCGUCUGAUCCAAUCUUGGUGCAUCAUGAAUUCUUCUCAUGGUGUUGAACGGAUUCCAACUCCAAAGCCUCAAGUAACAAAAACCCUUGUUUUAAAACUCCUUAAAGAAGCCAUGGAAUCCCCAGAGAUGCAACUUUCUUGCUUGAGGAAACUUAGAUCUAUUGCCCAUGCAAGUGAGAGCAACAAGAAGUGCUUAGAAUCAUGUGGGACUGUAGAUUUCUUAGCUUCAAUUAUAACGAAGAAAGAGGUUGAUUUUCAUGAAGAUUCAAAGCUCACCAGUGGCGGAGACACUUUUUUGCAAAAAGUGGCAUCCGACGUUGUUUCACAAAAAGAUUCAGAAUUAUAUAAGUUAAGUUGCCAAAAUAGCCCGACACUGCUUGCACAAAAUAUGCGUACUCCACUGGAGUACAUCACUAAGGCAAGUGAUGAAGCAUUGGAUAUCCUCUUCCAUCUUAAUCCCUCGGAUGAAGAUCUAAAAAAGUUUGUCUCUCAAGACGAACUUUUCUUGGAUUCUUUAUUGCAUUUCUUGAAAUGCGGGAAUUAUCAAUCUCGAGCCUAUUCAAUAAUGUUAUUAAAAUCAGCAUUCGAUGUGGCUGAUCCAGGACAAUUAAUUGGAGCAAGACAGGAAUAUUUUAAAGAAAUAUUAUCAUUUUUGAAUAACGAAAUUAGCUCACAACAAGCUACCAAGGCUGCACUCAAAUUACUAGUGGAACUUUGUCCAUGGGGGAGAAAUAGAAUCAAAGCAAUUGAAGUUGGAGCAAUUUCAACCCUAAUUGAGCUACUUGUUGAUACAAUAGAAAGAAGAACUUGUGAAUUGAUCCUUUGUGUUCUACACCAACUUUGUAGUUGUGCCGAGGGGCGCGCCGAGUUAUUGAGCCAUGGGGCAGGAAUAGCCAUUGUUUCCAAGAAAAUUCUUAGGGUUUCUCAAGUAGCAAGUGAUAGGGCAGUGAGGAUUCUUGCUUCCAUUUCGAAAUUCUCAGCAAAUUCUAGGGUUCUUCAAGAGAUGUUGCAAGUGGGAGUGGUCUCAAAGUUGUGUUUGGUACUUCAAGUGGAUAGUUGUUCCAAGACCAAGGAGAAAGCAAAGGAAAUUCUAAGGUUACAUUCUAGGGUUUGGAGAGAUUCCUCUUGUCUUCCUCCUAAUUUGCUCUCUUCUUAUCCUUCAUAAAACACAAUUGAUGUUGUUUUGGCCUUUUCAACUUUUUAUUCAACUUCUAUAUACUGAUGGUGGUGUAAGAAAAUUUUACACUUUCAAGUGUACUUUAAC